GCAAGGACAAAAUAUCGCGAUCGCCAAAAAGAAAAACAAAAUACCUAAAUAAUGCCUACAUCAGCCUCUGUGUCGCCUAGUACAACAACGUCCAACACCAAGCCUUGCACCCCAGCGGUUUUAGCGGGUAAAUCCAGUUUCUUUUCGCCGAUAAGCACCACGGGGGACGCAGUGCGACCAACCUUGUCGUCAUGCUCUUCGCCUUUAACGGGGAUGAGCGAUUUGUCGUGCACCGGGAAAAAUAGUUUUGGCUGCAAUAUGGGAGUAGAUCAUGUUUGCACUAGUAGUGGCACUACAGUAAUAUCUUCACUCACUUCCGCAGCUCCCGUGGUCGUGGGGAACGAGAGUCAACUUAUGCAAUGCAAAAGCAUCGUACUAGUAUAAAUUGCAUUAGAAAUUAGCCCAGCACUACAAAUUAAAUUUGUAAUGCUGAUUGACCUUGAGAAAGAGAUUUGUAAUGCAUCAAUGCAAUUACUACGAGUACGAUACUUUUGCACAGGAUACAACUGCGCAACCGACAACUCUCGAUCUACAGGGAACUGAAGCAGCCGGGCUACAUAUCCUGAGCAAAAACGUCCCCGCCCCAGAGUUGUCAUGCAAAUCUGCAUGUGCACAAUGUUUCUCAUGCGGAGCUCCAUGAUACGCGUUUUCUAUUGCUGUUUCGGAAUUUGUGAUGCUAGAAUCAGAGUGAUAUGCUAGAUCUGUGAUGCUGCUGAUCUACCUAAACAGGAUUACACUACGAGGAGAAAGAACUUCUUGUCAUGCGAAACAACCAAAGGUGGUUGAUUUGUCUAGCAGAUUUGCCAUCUUAGCUCUGGAAUGGGGACGUCUUUACUCGGGAUACUGCAUGAGCUGCCAGAAGCGGGCGGAGUUGGUAUCAUACGAAAAAACUGUUUCACUGUAAGCAUUUUGCAAGAAUUGCAUCACAAGUUUGUUUUACAUGACAGCGGAAAUUUGCCAUGCGGGGUUCCUAAGGGAAAACACAGCUAGAAAUCAAUUGUCUUGCAUGUGUAGCAUGACACACACUUCUGCGAUCCAUUUUCUGCAUCACAAGUUUACAGUGAAACAGUUUCUUCUUGCGAUAGUUGGCCAACGAGCUGCAGUAUGUGGACUCCAUGUUGUAUCAUGACAAAAAAGUGUCACAGUUACACAUUGUGUUGCAGACCCAGCAUAACAGACAACCUUUGUCAUGCCAGAAAUGCCUUCGAACCUCGUUUUAUACGUGUUUUCCCUUAUGAUCUUUGCAUUGCAAGUUUUACCUCUAAUGCGGAGAAAAUUUGUGUUGCUGAAUUGCCAACAAAUAUGUAACUGUAACACUUUUUUCGUACGAUAUGUUGCUGAACCUAGAAAUUUACCGUCUGGAACUGCAGCAGCAGCAAGGGUCGUCCUCUUGUUGCGCUGCCCCCGCCUCCGGCGGGUAUUAUGCCAACGCCGGCUGUAGUAGUGGUGCUUAUUUUUAUCCGCAUCAUGAUAAUUCGCAGAUGUUGACCACACAGCCACAGCACUACCACCGCCCGACUUCAUCCUCUGUGGUACUCCACCAUCAUGAAAACCAGCUGCCACAACGAGUGCACUACCUACAAGAACACCAGAAAUCACCGCUUGAUGCACAACUACGCGCACGACAACAUGAACAACUACCUCCAUGGGCGGGUCGUCGUACUGGUUCUUUCUCUUUGGUGCAAGAAGCGCAGGACUUUGUUUUGACAGUGCUGCUGAACCUGAAGAGCUUGCUUCUCUUCACACUGCAGAGCCUCUUCUUCCUCGUCGUCUGCACCGCUGUACUGAUGGUGUUUGCGAGAUUCGACUUCUACUCUGCGAUUGUAAGAUAUUACGGAGCCGUCGGAGGCUCGAUGGACGAGAUUGCAGCUCCCCGUGCGGUUUUUUGAAAACAUUUAGUUUUUCUUUUUGACUUUACUGUCGUUUUGGAAAAUGAAAAACACUUGAUAUGAUAGAAGAUAAAAAUGUGACAACAAUAAACUUGGAUAAUUUUUUGACUGGUCCGGAGAAGACAGACGCCACACAUCGAAGAAUUUGCGUCGAAUAAAUGUGAGCUGUUUUCAUGUACAAUAAAACUAGAAAAGUCUCACACUGACAAUAUCAAAACAAUUUUUCAGUCAUCUCACGACGGAGGU